AUGGCAUCUCUGCAAGAAUCCAAUUCCCUGUGCUUGAAGCGGAAGCUUGUUGAUGACUGCCUGUCAAAAGACUGCAAAUCUCGCCGUGUCAAAUCUGAGAAUGGGCCCUCAUUCGAUUCAUCAUUUGCUAUACACUGCAACUGUUGCUGCACUCGACCUAACCUUGCCAAUGAUUGUGUCAAUUUUCUGAAGAGUGGAGCGCCAUGCCGUGUCAUGUAUUACAAAAAGGGUUCGUGGCACAAUUUUCCAGAGCAAAUAAUGAAGUCCCUCAUCGAUGAAUUCAAAGGAAAUAAAUCAAGUGUUGUGUCUGUGGUGGGUGAUGAACCAAUUCUUGUUGAUUUCUUGUCAAUGACCCUGGUCAACCUAAAAACCAGAAAACAGCGGUCUGUUGCCUGGUUUGAUGACACUGGCAAGCGUUUCUUUCCUUCUUUGUUCUUUGAUGAGGAAAGUGAUGAAAUGGCCAAACAGGAUUCUGGCAAUGUUGAUAGCACUGCACAGGGAAUAAUGUUAGAUAAGGUCGCGAAUUCUCCACCUGAAGUGGUCAAGCAAGUAGUUCUUGAAUCUAAUCCCCCAGUCCCUCAAAAACCUUUGACUGUGGAUGUCUUGCGCAAGAAGAUCACAUCUGUCGAAAGAGGCAGCGAAAGUUUUCUGUUUGUCCAGAACCUUUUUCUCUCUGGUAUGAGUCCGUUUGCAACACCGAAUAACAUACUUCAUGUCCACCGCUACUCUCCAAACGAUAUCACCGCACAAUGUAGAUUUGAAGCUUUUGAAAGACAGAUGAAGUCAACUAAAGAAGCACGUGGUGAUGCAAAUGUUAAGUAUGGAUGGCUAGGAUCUAGGAAGAGUGACAUAGUUAGGAUUCUUAUUAAUGGUUUGGGUACCACUGCAAAUCCUGUUGAGAAAGCAGGUUUGAGUGCUGGUGUAUAUCUUUCACCAGAAAACCGAGCCUUUACCAGUGUCGGUCUUUGCGAUGUUGACGAAAAAGGAGUGCAGUAUAUGUUGCUGUGCCGUGUGAUAUUGGGCAAUGUGGAAGCUGUUGAACCUGGACCACAAGAGUCUUUUCCAAGCAGUGAGAUAUAUGAUUCUGGUGUUGAUGAUUGUUCAAACCCAAAGUGUUAUGUGAUGUGGCCAUCACAUCUGAGCACUCACAUCCGUUUAGAAUAUCUUGUUAGUUUCAAGCUUGUCCCAAAAGUUCGAAAUUAUUUGCUUGACUUGAAGGGUUUAUGGUUUAACCCAUCACUAAAGGAAGUUGGAAUGGAUAUUUCUACACUUCAACCUGUAAUGUGUGAAACAGGUGAAGGACCAACUUCCCCAUGGAUAUCAUUCAGAGUUCUGUUUGCAGUUAUUCAAGACAAUAUAUCAUCAGUGGCAAGGGAGCUUCUCUUCCAUCAUUAUGAGGAGCUGAAGGAAAGCAUAAUAACUCGCGAAGAAAUGGUGAAGAAAAUGAUAAUAAUAGUUGGAGAGAAAGUACUUUUGGAGGCCUUGAAGAAGCUUCAUUACUGUCCAUCAUUGUGGUACAAGCCUUCCGUUGAAGCAGUGUCUAAUGAUUCUGUAAUGGCAGCACCAGAACAAUUAUCCUUGGAUAAGGCUGGUGGAGAUUAUUUAUUAACUCUGAGGGUUAACCAUGCUGAUUCACAUACACCAAGUGCUGUGUCUGAACGUGCCACAGUUCUUAGCACCAAAGGAUGUGAUACCCUUGCAGCGGAUAUGGUGCCCAAAGGUCAAGAUUGUCUGGCACCAAGUGGUGUGCCAGAAACAUCUAGUUCUGCUGCUGCCAUGUGUGGGGCUUCUACAAGUGCAGAACCCAAGUGCAGAGAUCCUCCUGUACAGAUGGUGCCACCUGGAAACUCUGCAACCUCGUGUGCCAAAAACCAAGAUUCCUUUGUAGGAAGAGUGGCACCUAUAGUUCAUGAAGGCCUUUUGAGGACAAUUUCUGGAAGCUCUUCAUCUCCUGGUCGGGAAGUUUGCAAAUCCGGCACACCGACCACAGGAUGUCCUGGUUAUGCUUCUCUAGCACAAGUUAAUACCUCCCAAACCCAUGGAGUUUCUGCUCCAGGCGUCACUCCUAAGGGCUAUGAAUCUGCUGUACCAAGCUUGUCACUUGGAAAUUCCAAAAGUACAGGUGUGAAACAACUCAAUUCUGCACCGAGAAUGACACCUGAAGGCCAGAAAUUCCUUUCACUUGGUAUUGCGUCACGAAGCCCAGCACCUCGUGAUUUAGUAAAAUGCCAGACCAGUUUGACACUGGUUGCCAUACCUCCAGUUCUUGCACCAGGCCAUGGAAAAUCACCAUCCAUGAAGAUCGAGGUCCAUGAUUCUCUGGCGCCGAGUGUCAAGCCAAGUCUAGCACCAAGUAAAGCACCAAAGUUGCAUGAACCUGUGAUAGCUGAUACGAGCAUCAAGGGCUGUGAUUCUCUAGCACUGAGUAUCACACCAAAUGGCCAUGAUGGUCCAGCAUCAAGUAAUAAAACUCCAAAGCGCCAUGAAUCUGCGAUAGUUGGUACGAUGCCAGAAAGCAGUCUCUCUCAAGGCCAGAGUGUCGCUACAAAGGCCUAUGAUGCUCCUAAACCAAGAACUGGGGAGCCGAAGAGAGAACAGGCUGCGGUAACUGGCUCGCAGGGUAAAUCAUCUGUUCCAGGCCUUGAUGCUAGCAGCCAUGUUACUGGGGCAGCCAGUGCCCUUAUCGCCCUAUCAACUCUGCGAGAGAAUUGCGGGCGUUAG